UUUUUUUCUUGGCACCGGGCCUCCCUCGGCUCAGGCUCAGGCUCUCCCUCUCGUCUUUUGUACACCGAGGGAAAGCCUGCGUCACUCCCGGCCGUUUUAAUUGAGUAGCAGCCAAAUGGUGAAGCUGAUAGGCCUGAUUCAGAUCCGAUUAUUUAUACAGGACCAAGUUGCAGUCUCGUUGGGGGAGGCAUGGAUACCGGGUUACAAAAAUAAUCAGGAGCUUGGAGACUAAUCCCGAAUCUCAUGAACUCUCUCGAGCUUUCAUUUCAUGCUCACAUGUCUGUACAGUUUCUGUAUUCCCUGGAACAUUAAGCUACAUCGUAUGUUAUAUUAAUGGACACAUCUGGAUGUCAUUAGCCUAUAGGGUUUGUUACAGUCUGAAAUGUCCCUGUCUUGCUGUCCUGGUGACAAGCUAAGACUUUGUGACACAUGGGGUAUUGAGCAAAGUUGCUAUGGUGUUGCACAAACAUAUGUGCAAAUAGUGCAGCCUUUCAGUGAGCUGCGGUAAAGGCAUUUAUUUUUUUUCACUUUUUUCCUAUGUUUUUGACGCAAGCACAUCUUGAGGUGCGGCUAUGACGCGCUACGAGCGCAACGGCCUCUGAUUGGCCCACAACGGGAUCGAUCAUCUUCUCACGGUCCAUUUAGAUGAAAGAACUGUUUGCACAGGAUCACGCCUACCAGGGGGUGUGGGUGUUUGCAGGGGAAAGGAAAGGAAGGGGGGUAGCUCCUCCCUCCUCCCCGGGCUUAUUAUAAAACAACAGCCAGAGGCCUGAUGGUUAUAUUUUCAGCUGCUGUUCAACUCAUCACAUCAUGACGAUCAAAACAGAAACAGAAAAGUCUGUCCUGACUUACUCCAAGUCUAGAGGGCUUGUGGCUUUAGUCACCGCUUUUAUGAAACAGAGGAAGAUGGGGCUGAACGACUUCAUUCAGAGGCUUGCCACAAACUCCUACGCCUGCAAGCAUCCUGAAGUUCAGUCUAUUCUGAACUUGAGUCCCCCUCAGGAUGCUGAGCUCAUGAACGCAAACCCGUCUCCCCCUCCCAGUCCAUCCCAACAGAUCAACCUCGGUCCGUCCUCCAACCCCUCAGCCAAACCCAGCGACUUCCACUUCCUCAAGGUGAUCGGCAAAGGCAGCUUCGGCAAGGUGCUGCUUGCACGCCACCGCACGGAUGACCAGUUUUACGCAGUCAAAGUCUUACAGAAAAAGGCCAUCCUCAAAAAGAAGGAGGAGAAACACAUCAUGUCAGAGAGGAAUGUGCUGCUAAAGAAUGUCAAGCACCCGUUCCUGGUGGGCCUGCACUACUCUUUCCAAACAGCGGACAAACUCUACUUCAUCUUGGACUACAUCAAUGGAGGCGAGCUGUUCUACCACCUACAGAGAGAACGCUGCUUCCUCGAGCCCAGAGCCAGGUUCUACUCAGCAGAGAUCGCCAGUGCACUGGGCUACCUCCACUCCCUCAACAUCGUCUACAGAGACUUGAAGCCAGAGAACAUCCUGCUGGACUCACAGGGACACAUCAUUCUUACAGAUUUCGGCCUGUGCAAGGAGAACAUCGAGCCCAACGGGACCACGUCGACCUUCUGCGGUACGCCAGAGUAUUUAGCUCCUGAGGUUCUACACAAGCAGCCGUAUGACAGGACGGUAGACUGGUGGUGUUUAGGAGCUGUUCUCUAUGAGAUGCUGUACGGCCUGCCUCCGUUCUACAGCCGCAACACAGCGGAGAUGUACGACAACAUCCUGAACAAGCCGCUGCAGCUGAAACCCAACAUUUCCAACGCAGCCAGACACCUGCUGGAGGGCCUUCUGCAGAAGGACCGAACUAAGAGGCUGGGCUGCACAGAGGACUUUAUUGAAAUUAAGAACCACAUAUUCUUCUCCCCCAUCAACUGGGAUGAGCUCAACGCCAAGAAAAUCACCCCUCCCUUCAACCCCAAUGUGACGGGACCCAACGACCUGCGGCACUUUGAUCCAGAGUUCACAGACGAGCCGGUGCCCAGCUCCAUUGGCUGUUCCCCAGACAGCGCUCUAGUCACAGCCAGCAUCAAAGAGGCUGCUGAGGCCUUCGUGGGCUUCUCCUACGCCCCAUCUAUGGACUCCUACCUAUAGGAUUCAAACAAAGGCACUCAAUGGACACCAAUUCAGAUUUACAGGACAUGAACUGUGGCGUGUCCAUGGACUUGCAUCUUGACUACACUUUACGUUUCCCAUCGGGAUGGUGGACAUUCCCCAACAAACCCCCUGCAACAACUCUGCAUCUGCAAAGAACUGAAACCUGUACUUGCCAUAAUCGCUCCAACUCUUGUAAAAAGACAUGCCACAAGAGUAUGCCUGCCACGAUUAGAUGACUCAUCGGGGUUGUAAUCCUCCAUCUAACCCUGAUCUACUGACGCACAAAUUCUUCAACCUUCCACAAUAGACACAAAAGCUCUGCAGCCUUCAGUAGUCAAUCUCUUACCGGAUAGCGGAGGUCCUUUGCACACAGCUCAGGCAGCUUAAAAGCCAGCCUCGACCCUGAAGCCACAACUGACAAGCACACACGCCAACUUCCACCUUCUCUCAAAAGAGAAAGCCUGGACCGUACUGUACCAGCCCUGACAAGGAUUUCCAUCUUCAUCUAUGUAGCGAACACCUUCCCUCCUUUGAGAUUCUGUCCACCCAUCCACCGGGGAACCCACCUGUUGACUUUGAAUGAGUAGCUUGAAGAUGACGUUCAUUUUUGGUGCUUUAGUUUCUUUUCAUUUCUAUUUGUGUGGUUGAAAAGGGAGCCACUUUAAAGCUGAAUGUUACAGAGGGGGAUGUUUUAUUUUUUCUCUCAAAGGUGCCUUUUAUUUUUUUCUCUACAUCCAAACACAUCUUUUGGGUUUGUCUGCGUCGACCUUAAAGUCACCAAUGUUUCUUGUUGCUCCACGCCUAACUGCAGGCGGGAGGAGCUGUGUUUUUUUAAGUCGCUAGAGAUGAUUGAAGUAGCACCAAAUUUACAAAUUUAACGCACCUGUUUCAGGCUUUAACACGUGAGACGUAGAGAACUCAAAUGAUGUUUCGUAUCUUCAUUUGCACAUAAAACAAUUAAUGGUGGUAGAGAAAGAGAAAGAGAGAGCACAGCUGCUAGUGGAGAAAGAGGAGCAAUGCGUUCAGAGGUGUCUGUGGAGUUCUGCUUGCCAACUGUGUCCCCCUCAUAUAGUCUUCCAUUCGCCUCACAAUAAUGUAACGGCGGCCCGCAGCUGGGCCGACGCCAUCGAAACUGAACAUUCCAUUUUAAUAUUGCUGUAAUGCAGUUUGACGGUAUUUAAGUUUGUUUGUAUAUUUGGAGUUAUGUGUACUAGUUUUAAUGUAUAUUGAACAAAAAAUGACUUAAGGUAUGCUUAAAUAUGUAUAUGUAACAAUACAUGUUAAAUGUUCUGUAAAUUGUAAAAUUGUUUAAGAUUUAUGUGACCAUGUUUGGUUUGCAAUAAAAGUUUAACUUUAUUACACCUAA